CAAGAGAUUCCUGUUCAUAUGCAUAUCAGGUCCUCGACCCACUCACGCUACUCUGAAUACUUCACUAGUACACAAACUACCUCCUGGUUAAACGCGAAAAGCUGUAGCAUUGUGAUUGGUCUCACGUUUUCUUGCGUUCAAAUCCCCUGGCGGAUACUCAAGUGAACUGAAUUUGAUUCAUUGCCAACCGCCUUCGCAAACAUUAAUUUAAAGAAUAUCUGUUUGUUCAUCGCAAGUAUAUCUCUAGCUUCAGUUCAAAAAAGCUAUUUCAGUGUCGCAGUUGACCAUUAUGUCUGAUAUUGAUUCAGACAAACCGCUUCUUGCCGAAGGUAAUUGUACUUCCGUAAAAGAGAACCAGAAUAUUACUGCUGUGGAGAAGCUAAGUAGACUUCCUCUCUCACGUAUUAAAGUAAUAGUGAAAACAGUACCAUCCGUUUCUUUAGUUACUUCAGAGGCACUGGUUGCAGUUGGAUUCCUAUGUGAGCAGUUUAUUAAUGAAUUUUGUCGCAGUGUUAUUGAAGUAACUGCACAAGAAGGUAAAAAAACGGUUACCAAGCAACAUGUUCAGAGUGCUGUUCAGUUAACCCCAAAGUACGAAUUUCUUGACGGAAUUAUUGAAUAACUUAUUUUCACACGGAAUAACAAUGGAUUACCCCUACUUCACCAAACAAGCUCAAAGUUAUGGAAACAACGUAAGACAAUAACGUAUACACUCUGUACAUUUCCAUGAAGAUGCAUAUGAUACCUA